AACUUCGUAGGCUAAAGUCUUUGUGGUAUAAACGUGGUAUUUGAAUCUGUGUUGACGUGUAAGCGGCAAAAUAAAGAAGACGUAUGGAAAUACUGUGCCGUAAAUGUAGCAAUGAGUGUGAAACUCUCAAUCGAAGAUGAACGUAAUAAGGGCUCAAUUCAGGGAAACGCAAACCGGACUGACACGAGAACAGAAAUCAAAGUUUUAUGUUUUGACAUUAGCACAUUGAGCCAAAUUCGGCAGGUUGUGAUAUGCUCCGUAGGAGUUUUUGGAUUUUAUUUGCUGUAUGGUUACCUGCAGGAAUUAAUAUUUACCCUUGAUGGUUUUAAGCCUUAUGGAUGGUAUCUAACCUUGGUACAAUUUGCUUACUAUACUGUUUUUGGAUUUGUGGAAACAUCUGUAAAAAAUGUGACUAGAAAAAUACCAAUCAAAACAUAUUUGCUCCUGGCUAUGUUGACGUUGGGCACAAUGGGCUUCUCCAAUUCAUCUCUUGGCUACCUUAACUAUCCAACCCAGGUUAUUUUCAAAUGCUGUAAACUGAUACCAGUUUUGAUUGGCAGCAUACUGAUUCAGCACAAGCGUUAUGGUUUACUAGAUUUUGCUGCGGCUGGCUGUAUGUGCUUGGGUCUGACACUGUUCACACUUGCAGACAGUCAGGUCUCUCCUAAAUUUAGUGUUCUAGGAGUGUGUAUGAUUUCGUGUGCGCUUUUGUGUGAUGCUGCUAUUGGAAAUGUUCAGGAGAAAUCCAUGAAACAAUACAAAGCAGCAAACAGUGAAGUUGUGCUGUAUUCAUACUCCAUUGGAUUCCUAUACCUACUGUCUGUCAUGUUUUUCACUGGUGAUUUACACAAAGGAAUCAAUUUUUGUUCCGAGCACCCCUUGGAGACAUAUGGCUACGCAUUACUAUUCUCAGUAUCUGGUUACCUUGGAAUCCAAAUUGUACUGACACUCGUACGCACAAGUGGGGCCUUUGCCGCUGCUACCGUCACCACAUGUCGCAAGGCUGUGUCCAUUAUUAUCUCCUUCAUGUUCUUUGACAAGCCAUUCACAUUCCAAUAUGUAUGGUCUGGCAUGCUUGUUGUACUGGGAAUUUACAUAAAUGUGUACAGCAAGAACAGAGGUAAAACAGACAUUCCAGAACUGUUUGGGAAAGUACAACGAAAACUUCAACAUUUUUUAAUAAAACUGAAGUACAACAAGUACUCUUCUCAUAGCCAUACUUUGGCACAUGUAUGAAGUUUAUUACUAGCUGUGAUAUGUAAGAAUCUCUAGAAGAGUCUCACACAGUAUGAAAGAAUCUCAAAAUAUCUUAGUGUAUGUUUUUGUACAAAGAUUACAAACAUCAGUAUUUUGUAUUGUAUAUAUUUGUAAGAAAAUAAAUUAUUUUAUUAUUUUUUACUUACAAGAUCUUUCUCUGAUGCGAGAAAUGUUGUAGCUGCUCAAAGUUUUCUCAACCUUUACAGUAUGUUUUUAAGAGAAUAAUUCUCGUACGCCAGAGAACUCAGUCUGACAACUGGCAGAGUUUCCACAAUAUUGACAUGUAAUUGGUAGACACCUGUAUAUUACUUUGUGGUAGUAUUAGUUCUCUGCAUGUACAGUAGUAAAUAGUGCACCACUGAGAGAGUAUCCAUGAAGAGCCAACAAUACAGAGAUUUAUUUUUGGAUAAUGAUCAUUCUCUUGCACAAACAUAAUGAAACAUCAAAAACCUUAACUGCAAUGUGUUAGUAACCAUAAAGUUACAUGAUACGAGCUACCGUGUUUACUCGAAUCUAAGCCGCAUUCAAAUCUAAGCCGCACCUGAAAAAUGAGACUCUAAAUAAAGGAGGAAAAAAAAAAAAAAAA